UCAUUUGACAUCAAAGAGAGCUUCAUCACCCCACCAACAAUGGCUCUCCCUGCUCAUCUCUUGCCUUCUAUUUUUGGCAUUCUUGGCAACAUCAUCUCGUUCUGUGUAUUCUUAGCGCCGUUGCCAACUUUCUAUAGGAUCUACAAGAAGAAAUCAACCGAAGGGUUUCAGUCAGUACCAUACUCGGUCGCAUUAUUCAGUUGCAUGUUACUUUUGUACUAUGGCUUUCUCAAGACCGAAAAUGGCAUGAUGAUCAUCACCAUCAACUCCAUUGGUUGCGUCAUUGAAACAGUUUACAUUGUUUUGUUUCUCAUUUACGCCACUAAAGAGUCUCUGAUAUCCACAGUAAAGCUGCUUGCAAUAUUCAACAUAGUAUCAUAUGGGUUGAUAGUUCUUACAACACUUUUUUUAACUAAAAAUGGGCCUGAACGAGUCGCUGUUGUUGGUUGGAUCUGUGCCGUGUUUUCAGUUUGCGUUUUCGCUGCUCCUCUUAGUAUUAUGAGAUUGGUUAUAAAGACGAAGAGCGUAGAGUACAUGCCUUUCUCUUUGUCGUUCUUCCUGACGCUUUGUGCUGUUAUGUGGUUCUUUUAUGGCCUCUUAAUCAAAGAUUAUUAUGUAGCAACUCCAAAUGUGUUAGGGUUCAUUUUUGGAAUAGCACAAAUGAUCUUAUAUAUGAUCUACAAAGACAGAGGUGGACAUGGGCUAGUGAAACCAAUGGUUCAACCACAAAAUGGGCCAGCACCAACUGUGGUAGACUUAGGGGCAAUCUUGGAAAUGCAAGAAAAGGCUAAGGUGGAUUUAGGGGUAAAAUUGGAAAUUCAAGACAAAGCCGGAGCUGAGCAAGGGGUAACAGUGGAAGUUCAAGACAAGCCGGUAGUCGGAGAGGAAGUUGAUAGUGAUAAAAAAGAAGACGUGGCUAUAGUCUAUGUAGAUUUAGAUGACAAGACCAUUCUACCCUCUAUCGUUAAGUAGAACUAUUGUGUGGAGAAUGGACAUUAGAACAAAGCAAGAACCUUUUACGUAUCCCGGGUGGGUAAGCAGUGGAAUUAUCUUCCAAAGCCCACAUCUACCCAUCCGGGAACGGGAAAUCAAAAACAAAACCAUCCAGAUAGGGGGAGGAAUGUCGUAUGGAUGUUUUUUCGAUUGUUUUUUUGUUCUUUUAUAUUUUGAAAAAAAUGAAUAAAAGAUUUAUUUAGAAUGA